AUGAGGCAGCGUCUUACAACGAUGCGGCCUUUUGUCGUUUUACUGUUUAUUGCUGUUUCGGCACGACCGUUCAUUAUCAACAACAAGGAGCUUCGAAAUGAUGGAGUUAAAGGUAAGGUUUAAAUUUAAAAUUGUUAAAGUUAAUAUAGUAGUUUCUUGUAUUUGUAUUUUUAUUUAAAAUAUACAACACAAAUUCAUAAUUUAAACAGUUGAAAAUAACCAAGUUUUUUAGUAUUCACAGUAUCAAGUGAAAUCAAAGGAUACAACUGUCGUUGUGCGUGCAAUUGUGCUGCUGAAGGCAUAACAUUAUCAAAACCAUUACCUCUACCUCCAUCACCUUACCCUAACGCACCAAAACGUGAGUUUCGUUUUGAAAUACAACAAGAUCAAAUAAUUUAAAAAAUGAUUUAAAAAAAACGUAAAAUUUUUUAAAAAUUUAAUUUCAAAGUACUUAAUUUCUUUCAGAAUUCCACAUCCAAAAACAUAUCAAACAAAACGACUGUAACUGUCAAUGCAGUUGUGCUCACACUGAGCUAACUGAACCAUCAAAAACAAUACAUAUUGGUCACGAUGAUCAUGACGUUCAUACAGAAGUAACCCAGAAGAUCAUUGAAGAACUGAAAACAACGCUGUCACUGCCAACAAUAACUACUCCACUACCGCAAAGUAAUUAUACAUUUUUGAAGAAGAAUAGGUUUGGUAACAGUCAUAGUACUGAAAGCAGUACGAGACGUCUUGGACAAGAGAUUAAUAUUGAAACACCUUUGACUGUUGUCAUCCCUGAAAGAUUUACAAAACCUUCCAGAAUAUAUGUUAUUGGUAAAAAUGAUAGUACUACGCAAAAUACAAGUCCUGUGUUACCUACAACCUCAGAGACAAGCACAGUACGUCAAGAGAUUGUUGUACUAAAGACUACAGAAGCUUCAAAGCCAGUAGUAUCAGAUGCUGGUGAGAAAAUGACAAUGGUAUUUGAAAAAGUUUCACAAAAACCAGUAGUUGAUGAUUCUGCAUCAACCACAUUGCCUUCAGUAUCACAAAAAACAUCCACAUCGACUGCAAAAAUUAGUGUUACAGAAUCAGAUGGAACUUCAAGAGCUUUAAAUUCAGAAACCGCUUCCAAGACUUCUACAAUCUCAAAGUCGACCACCCAAGCCUUCCUAGCUACAGAACCUACUACAAUAAACACCGUUGACGGUCGGUCAACAGAGUCUACUACUACUACUAAAAACAACGUUGAGAGUUCGACAACAACUGAAACAAGUGUUGAUGUUAAAAAUGAUGGUUUUACUACAUCAAGUGCGCCAAAAACUAAAUCUUCAUGGACUAUUUCAAGUUCUGUUGAACUGCCUAUUGUAGAAUCUACAACAUCCACGGUGAGCUCAACGUCUUCUAAACCAUUAGAAAACACAAGUACUCCGAAAAAAACCAAAACUUUAACAACGUUGUAUACAGAAGCCACAACCACAGCAACAACGUCCACAGAAUCAGAAACUUCAACCGAAUCGUCAACAGAAUCUAUAACUUCAACAGAAUCCGCAUCUAAUGAAGAUGUCACUACCAAAGACUCAAACACGUCAGGCCUUGAAAUUGUUUCAACUACUAUAACAAGCAAUGAAGACGGAAUAGAAAGCUCAAUUCUAACUCCAGAAGAACUAGAAAAUGUCAAGAAUAUACCUUCUCAAGCUAAUGAAGAUGGCGAUAUUAACACGAUACAUGAAGAAACUACCGCAAUAUCGGCUUCUGAAGAAAGAAAAGACUUUUCUGUUCAAUCUACAGAAAAUUCAAGUACAUCGUCAUCUACCGAAUCAGGUACAUUAUCAUCUACCGAAUCAAGUACAUCAUCUCCCACUGAUUCAAACACUUUACCGUCUUCUGAAACGACGAAAACUCAAACAGAUGUUAAAGAUACAACUGAAAACAAUAUGAAUAAAUUAAAAAGAAUCUUGGGAAAACUUCAAGACAAAUUGGAAACAAUGAAAAAAGCAAAAGAAGAAGAAGAGAAUGAAAAAGACGACAAAACAACCGAAAUUGAAGACAAUGUUGACUCUGAACAUACCACUAAAUCAGUAGAAAUCACGCCGCAAGAACAAUACAAACAAAAGGUACGAGAAUUAGUACGACGCUUAGAAGCUGAAUUAGAAAGAAUGAAAGCCAAGAAAGCUCAAGACGAUAGAGAUAAUGCUUCUGAAGUUGCUCCUGAAUCUGUACAACCUUUAACUACCGCAGCACAACCAGCAACUACAAACUCUUUAGUCAGUUUAAGUCCAGAAGAGACUCCUGUAAGUCAAAAAGAAGGUAAUACUCUGAGUGAAACAGUAGAAGAAUUAGUACCAACGACAACCCCAGAAGUUUUGACCAAAACAAAAAAUACUACAAAUGUACCAAUUACAGAAGUUCCAAAGACAGCCUUAAGUACAAAAGAUACUGAAAGCGUUAACCCCACAGGUACAGAAAAAGUGACAACAUUAGAAACAGUUUUGUCAUCUUCAAAAGGAUCCGCUUUUAAGACGGAAACUGAUUCAUCAGCAGACGACCUUGCUUCAGAAUCAGUAAAAGAAAAUAACGAUGUGACAACUUUGUCAACUUCAUUAAUAGAUGAUGCUACAGUAACUACAGAAUCUUUAAAACAACUUAAAAAUAGUCCACAGAACAGUACAGUACGCGACAGUGUUGUUACUGAAGCUACAACUCUUGCAACUACAUUGGCAGCUAACUCGGAUAGUGCUUUUUCAGAAGAUACGACUACAGUAAAGCAAGAAACUACAGCACCACAGAAACAAGAAAGUACAGCCGUCAUUAACCACGAUACAACAGUAAAACAACAUAUUCCAACUAUAGUCGGAUCUACGCUGUCUACACUGCCUGACACAUCAAUUACUCUAAUAUCGUCAAGUACUCCGUUUUUAACGUCAGUCAAAGAAGAAAAUACAUUGACAUCUACUGCUGAGUCCUCCACGUCUACUACUGUCUCUUUAACAUCCACAACUGUAGCAGCAACAUCUACUGCUCAAUCUUCACCACCAACAUCUAUACAAAACGUAUCAGAAACAGAAGUUGACGUUCUCAAUACAACUGUUGCACAUUCGAAUUCUAAAAAUGAAACUGCUAUUGCUAACCCAAUUACCCUGCCGAACAAAUUAGCAAAUAAUAUCCGCACUACAGAAACUACAGUGUCUCCAACAAAAUCUGUUGUUUCUACUUCUAUUACCCAACCUUCGAAGCCUACUACAGAUGAUCGUGCAAAGAAUGCUACUUCUACAGAAUCUUCGUCUAAACCUAAACUUUUGGAAUCAUCUACAACAGAACCAUUAGGAACUACAGCUUCAAUUGACCCAAAAGAUAUUCCAGAACGUGAAACAACAGAAUCUACAAUUGUUACAUUAUUAACAACGGCCCACCGCACCAAGCCUACAACAACAUUUAUUCCAGAAAAAGAAACGGCCGCUCCAACUAAACCAAAACCAACGUCUACUACUACAACAACUACUACUGUUUCGUACACUACCACAACAACUACGGAAGCACCAGUCACAAAAAACAUUGGUUUUGACGAAAUGGGACCAGCUUUUGUUGUAGUUGACGUUUCUAAAGAAGUCAGCGACAAAAUAAGUAGUACCACGCAAAUCAUUGAAGCAACUUCACUGACCGCUACGUCUGAAGCUUCUUUACAAGACAGCAAUGGUACUAAAAACGACCAUACUACAGGGUCGUCUACGGUGAAAACUGCCGUGAAUCCUAAUGAAAAGCCUACACAAUUUAAAACCGUAACUGAAGAUUUGCCAAUUUUAACAGCUUCUAAAUCUGAAACCACAACAAUAAGAGACAAUGAAGAUUCAAAUGACUUUGUAAAUUCAGAGUUACCUACUGAAGAUUCAGUGUCUUCAACUAACAUGCACUUAACUACAGAAUCCUCUUUUAUUUCUGAAUCAACAGCACCGUUGUCUGCAAAUUUAGAAUCAACAUCACCGUCUUCGAAAGAUUUAGAAUCAACAGCACCGUCGUCAGCUAAUACAGAAUCGUCAAAACCUAACAAAAACGAUUUUGCAUUUGCCAUUGACAACACAAAUCAAGCUGUUGACAAAUCCGAAACAUUGCCGCAGCCUCCACCCUUCUUCCCUGACGGCUUACCUGGCAUUGCAAAGAUUCCCAAGAACGCCGAUGAAAACACUUUGAUGGAACGCCACAAAGAAGCCAGACGAUGGAGAGAGAAGCUUGAAUUGGAAAAACUUCACGAAAACAUCGAAGGCCAAGUCAAAUUCCAAAACAAGGCCGAGCGCCGCAGACUGAUUGAGAACAAACUGGAUCAGUUGGCACGGCUUGAACGAUACUAUUAUGAACGUUUAGAACAGUACAAACUAGCACAACGGGCUAGAGCUAAUGCUGUAGAAGAAGCUCCAAGUAAGUUUGAUUAUCUAAUCACAAGACACUUUAAAUUUUGCUUAAGCUUAUUUUGUUAAGCCCAAGUCGAACUGUAGAUAUCAGUACUAAACGUUUUUUCAGUCGCCAAACCAAUUGUCACUAUAACAUCGCCCACAACUACCACAGAACUGCAAACAACUUUCAAUCCCUCGUUACCAGCCCAUUGUCGACCGGUCGUUAAGUUCAUUUCCACCUUCAAAAUUUCAGACCCACACGAAUGGCUGAAAGAAAACUGCGUCUUUGUGAAGGAAUACUUCCCCGGAGCAUCGUGCUCGCAAAUCGAAGAUCUCCUGUCUGUAUGCUUCAUUGCUUAA